AUGUACGGAUUCAACACCAUAAAGACUUGUAAUGUAACAGGUUCUUGGCUAACUUACAACAAAGAUAUUGAAUGGGGAUGUCUAAAUUACAAUAAUAGAUUCCUUGAGUUUAAGAAUGUUUUUUGUUAUAUAUGUAACCCACCAGUUAAAGUCGAAGAAGUAAUAACAGAUUGUAACAUUACGAGCAAAUCAGUUUGGUAUGAAGAUUAUCCAAAUUUCAAAACAGCUUGUAAAAAACAUGGGACAACUACAGCAACAUAUCCUUUCAAAAAUAUCUACUGUUACCUCUGUAAUGCAUUCCCUGCGCGAGCUUACGUAGAUGACAGGCGUCAGUUUAUGUAUUUCGAUGCUUCUGUUAUUAUAGAGGAAAAGGUGGUUGAUGGGAAAUACUUUGAAUAUACUUUUGAAAUAGAACAUUUUGACAGUGAAUUUAUGGAUAGUUAUUUAAAGACACAGUCAUAUCGGUCUUCUGAAACACAAUUAAUGACAAAUCAUCGUUUAAAUCUAACGGAAAUUUACACACAAUAUUAUGCUAUGACCGGAAAUGGUAAUUUCUGUGUAAAUGUAUCAACGAAUGUUAUAGCAGAUGAAAGAAAAAAUUGUGGUUGUUCCGAUGGUUGUCACUUUGAUUUUGAAAAGCCAUGCUGCAUCGAUGUUGAAUUUAGAUAUUCAACCUCGUGUAUAGAUGGUUAUCUAGUGUAUGACGGAUGUGAAGAUAUAGCUAUGGAUUUUAAUAUUUUGCCAUACAAGUGUCGAAACAGAGAAGGUACAUCCGAUGUGUUUUCUUCGAUUCCAGUCAAUGAUAACAUGGAUAAACCCCAUGGUAAUAACUACAAGAACAUAUAUUGUGCCAUGUGUAGAAGUCACAAAACUAGUCAUAAGGUUAACCGAAAGUCUAACUUUUCUGCUGUAAACAAGUUAAAACCAUGGAUAUUUACUUUGGUAUGUACAAAUGUCAUUCCAAUAUAUUUCCAUGUAUUUUUGUCACACUUAUUUGAAACACGAUUUUUAUCUAAUUGCAACUUUACAUUAGUUCCAAAUUUUUGUCACAAACAAUGUCCUGCUGAAUCGGCAUUUACGAAAGGAAAUACUAAUAGUUCAUGGGCAUGUCGAAACUUUAAGUCUACACCGACCAACGUAGAUUUUUACUAUAAACUUAACGAUUCAUCGCUUAUUGAGUAUCAAAAUAUAUUUUGUGCUAUGGAAGAAUCAACUAGUAAUGAAACUACAACACUGAUACAACAGUGCAAUAUUACAGGUCGUUGGAAUUUAAGUGACGAGCUCUUACAAAAAAAGUGUACAGAGCUUCCUCAAAUUGACUAUCACUACCCUUAUAAGAAUAUAUUCUGCAAAAUGUGUAACGAAGAACGUAUCGAGUAUGUAAAUAACUAUAGGGGCAAAUUUGUUUGUAUUCGUGGUGAACAAGAUUAUGAAGAUAUUUCCUUUCGAAGUUUGUUCUCAUUUUUAUCUUACGAAGAACAAGCAGACAGCUUAGGACACGAAACCUGUAAAAACAGCCAAGUGUAUGAUUAUAUAAAGAAGAACUGGGAACAACCAACAAAACUUAGAAUCCCACAUCUUCCACACGUCACACAAUAA